UCCAUCUUGUUCUUCUCCUCCCUUUUUCCCCUCUUUAUAUCUUCUGCGAGAGAGAGAGAGAGAGAGGUGGAAGUGGCGGCAAUGGCGAAGUGCUUCAACGGGUUGCCGCUGUUUACUUUGAGUCUUAUUGUGCUGCUCGCAGGCGGGCUCGGAUCGACUUGCGCCAGCGGCGGGAAGAUCUCCACUGCAAGGACCAUUAAUGGAACUGCGAGUAGUAGCUUAACCAAGGCGGUGGCGGCGAUAAGAGGCAGAUCUCCUUCCUCAGCGAGUUUUGAGCUUGAGCCUGUGAUCGGCGCGGUCGAUGAUCCAGAGAUUAUUGCCAUUGAGGUUCAAAAGGCGAUCAACGCAACCGCGGCAAGGCGCAACCUUGGCUUCCUCUCAUGCUCCACCGGCAACCCCAUCGACGAUUGCUGGCGCUGCGACCCCAACUGGCACCUCAACCGCACGCGGCUAGCCGACUGCGGCAUCGGCUUCGGCCGCAACGCCAUCGGCGGCCGUGACGGCCGUUUCUACGUCGUCAGCGAUCCCAGCGAUGACGACGCCGUCACCCCCCGGCCGGGGACUCUCCGCCACGCCGUGAUACAAACCGAGCCGCUCUGGAUCGUGUUCAAGCGCGAUAUGGUCAUCAAGCUUAAACAGGAGCUCAUCAUGAACAGCUUCAAGACUAUCGAUGGCCGCGGAGUCAAUGUACAUAUUGCCAACGGAGCUUGUAUUACAGCACAAUUUGUCACUAAUAUAAUUAUUCAUGGCUUGAAUAUCCAUGACUGUAAGCCGACCGGAAAUGCCAUGGUGAGGAGCUCGCCUUCGCAUUAUGGAUGGAGGACGAUGGCUGACGGCGACGGUGUCUCCAUUUUUGGUGCCAGUCAUAUUUGGGUGGAUCACUGCUCGCUUUCCAGCUGCGCUGAUGGGCUCAUUGAUGCGAUCAUAGGAUCGACAGCAAUUACUAUCUCCAACAAUUACUUCACGCAUCACAAUGAGGUGAUGCUCCUUGGCCACAGCGAUUCUUACGAUAGGGAUAAAGCGAUGCAGGUGACCAUAGCUUUUAAUCAUUUUGGGGAGGGUCUUAUUCAGCGAAUGCCAAGGUGCAGACAUGGCUACUUCCAUGUGGUGAACAAUGACUACACUCAUUGGGAGAUGUACGCCAUUGGUGGCAGCGCCGAACCCACUAUCAACAGCCAAGGCAAUAGAUACCUUGCUCCGGCUAACCCAUUUGCCAAGGAGGUUACGAAGAGGGUCGUUACAGAUCAAAAGAUUUGGAAGGGCUGGAACUGGAGAUCCGAAGGGGAUCUUCUUCUCAACGGCGCUUACUUCACUCCCUCUGGAGCCGGGGCUUCAGCGAGCUAUUCGAGGGCGUCUAGCCUUGGCGCCAAGUCCUCUUCCAUGGUGGCUUCAAUCACCUCCGGCGCCGGAGUCCUUUCUUGCCGCAAGGGAGCUCAGUGCUAGUCAGUUAAUUCUACCUGUGCUGCCAAUGUCAUAAAGUUUUUAUCUUUUGUUAUUUUUCCUCUGCAACAAAAUUCUCAACCUCCCCCCUGCUUUCAGUGUAAGAACUCUAGUGGAGGAAGCAGGCGAGGAAGCGUUGCUGGUGUUCUCAUUGCCCAUUGCCUGUAUUUUGAACCGCAACAUUGCUCCAUUGUUUGCUAAAUACUUCUUCUGCCUCUUAAUAAUUAUA